AAUUACCCUAAAUUACUAGGCUUCGGUGCUACUAGUUACGUAGAAGUCGCGUCUUGAUGGCCACACGAGUCGGCGUGCAAGCGGAUGCCCCCUCCCCCAUUGGCGGAUGCCUGCCUAGCAGUGCCUGAACCCUCCAACUUCCUGCUCGCGUGCCUAAUCAAGCCCAUACGAUACCUACACGUAGGCAUCAGCCAUGACUUGAUUCACCCCAAUUCCCUUCUCCAUCAGCGCCAUUUCGUCUUCCCCCCUUUCUUUCCGUUGCCGUCGCCUUCUGCUAGCUGUCGAGUCACCAUUUCGACCAACUAUGGCGGACAAGGAGGCCACCAUCUACAUCGUCGACCUUGGGUCGUCGAUGGGCGAAUGCCAUAACGGCCGGACCGAAUCCGAUCUGGACUGGAGCAUGCGCUAUGUCUGGGACAAGAUCACCACCACCGUUGCUGCGUCGCGAAAAACGUGGAACGUGGGGGUCGUCGGCCUGAGGACGGACGAUACCGAUAAUCCCUUGCAGGAGGACGAGAGCUACGGGCACAUCUCGAUUUUACAAGAACUCGGCCCCAUGAACUUGGAGUCAUUUCGGAGCUUGCAAGGCCGCAUUCAGCCGAGUGAUGCCGAAUAUGGCGAUUGCAUCUCCGCUGUUGUCGUAGCCGUGGAGAUGAUCGAGGGGUUCACCAGGAAACUCAAAUACAAGAGGAAAAUUAUAUUGGUUACCGAUGGCGAAGCGCCCAUCGACCCCGAUGAUUUCGAUGAGAUAGCUGCGAAAAUCAAGGAUUGCGGGAUCGAGCUGGUUGUUUUAGGCGUGGAUUUCGACGAUGCCGAAUUCGGCUUCAGGGAAGAGGGCAAGUCGAGUCUGAAGAGGAAAAACGAAGGCCUCCUUCAAGAGCUCACGGAAAAAUGCGAUGGCCUGUUUGGGACCAUAGCGGAGGCCAUCGCCGAACUGGAGGCCCCCAGACUAAAGCCCGUCAGGCCAUACAAGACCUACGAUGGCGAACUUACUCUGGGGAACCCGGGAGAGCACAAAGAUGCAAUGAGCAUCAACGUAGAGCGGUACUUCAAAACCCACAAGGUAACAAUACCGCCGGCUAGCAGGGUAUUUCUCGAGACCGCGACCCGCCCUUCCCAGGCUGCUGGCGACGAGGCUAUGAAAGGCGUAGAAACAACCGACGCACUCAGCGCAGUGAAGAAUGCCCGGACGUACAAGGUUAAUGACCCCAGUGCGCCCGGAGGAAAACGAGACGUCGAGUUCGAAUCCCUGGCAAAGGGAUACGAAUACGGAAGAACUGCCGUUCAUAUUAGCGAGUCAGAUUACAACAUCACCAAGAUUGAGAUGGCUAAAAGCUUCACCAUCUUGGGCUUUAUACACCAAGAGAAGUACCAACCGUUCCUAGCUAUGGGGGAGUCCUGCGUGACAAUCGCGCAAAGACACAAUGACGCAGCUGCGUUGAAACUAUCAUCGUUGAUACACUCCCUCCAGGAACUUGAGACGUAUGCAGUAGCACGGAUCGUGCUGAAAGAGGGCAAGGAUCCCGUCCUCCUUCUCCUUGCACCCCACAUCGAACCAGAAUUCGAGUGUCUAUACGACAUCCCGCUGCCCUUUGCGGAAGACGUCAGGAAAUACCAGUUUCCUGCUCUCGAUAAGGUGAUUACCGUUUCUGGCACUGUAAAGCAUGAUAACCAUCGACUUUUACCCGAUAAGGGGCUCUUAGAGGCUAUGGACGACUAUGUCGACGCUAUGGAUAUUUCUGCAUGGGAAAAGGAUCAGGAAGGCAAUCGUGGUCUAGAGUACGCAGCAGUCGAGGACGUGUUCUGUCCCCCGCUUCAUCGAAUCAACCAAGUCGUUCGACACCGUGCCAUUUAUCCCAGCCAGCCGCUGCCUCCGGUGGCCCCAAUAUUACUCAAAUAUUCGCACCCGCCGGAGGACUUGGUCGUCAAGGUUAAAGCCAGACUUGAAGAUCUCGUCGAGGCGGCUAAUGUCAAGAAAGUUCCACCUCGGGCUAAAGGCAGGGUCGAAAAGGCGAAUAAACCCAAGCCAAUCUCAGGCCUGGACGUUGACGCGCUUCUCGGCCAGCCCCAGAAUAAGCGCAAGAGGAUCGACUCGAAAAACGCCAUCCCCGAGUUCAAGCAGAUGGUCGAGUACGCUAGCGAGGAGGUCGAAAUCGAAGACGCCGCCAAGCAGAUGGGCGAUAUCGUCUGCCAGCUCAUCACCGACAGUUUCGGGGACAGCGGAUACGAUCAAGCCAUUGAAAAUCUCGGUGUGUUCAGAGAUACGAUGGUGAAAUGGGAGAUGCCGGCCCUGUACAACUCGUUUCUAAAGAACCUCAAGAAGCGCCUGCUGUCCGGGGAGCUUGGCGGGGACAGGAGAGAACUGUGGUGGCAGAUGAAGGGGGCCAGAGCCGCGCUCGGUCUGAUUGAUAAUAACAUAUCUGAUUCGUCCAACGUGACACCGGUGGAGGCGGCCGAGUUCUUUAAGCAGUAGGCACCUGCUACCAUACGACACCUACGUCGUGGGGAUAAGGCGAAAAUAGCCAGGCCUAGCAUUGCGACCCCGUUCAGUAAACGGUAGUCUUCUUACUAGCAAGCCCUGGCAGCUUUGUUGGCCUAUUUCGUCAAUGGUACCGACAAAUGGCCAUGUCCCUCAAGAUUCGUGCGGGAGGUCCUUGAUGGAUUCAUCGGGCGGGUGGCGAUUGUGCGACAGGACUUAAGAACGGGCGCGGCCCCUUAAAUCGAGCCAUCCGGCUUCAUGCCAUUGCGAAGUCUCACAAACACCGACCCAACUUCGGUCCGUACCGGUGUGCCCGCUGGGUUUACGAGGACGGCUAUUUCCAGGAAGGUAUCCUCCAUUUACACCUGCAGUAUACCCAUGUUACCUUGUGUGUUUCGACGCAGGAUGAAUUUGUCGUAGUCA